AUGUCGGUUCCUGAUGGCGCUGCUCCUUGGGCCUGCAGACUUUCCAACCCGCCCCCAAAAGCCAGAAAGUGCUUGGCGACGUUCCCGAGCCGGGCGAUGAAUGGGAUGAUGAGCGACCAAGGAGGUUUCAGAAGCAGUGCGCGCCGCCUCCUUGCCGUGUUUCAGAGAUGGCGUCUACGACAGGACUUGGGCCCCAACAAGCGCACCCAACGACGGGACGCAACACAAAACGCCACCAAGCGCAUGUGUGUGCUAAUCGAUAAGCUAUGCUUCUGCCUGAGGUUUCAGCGUCAGAAUAGACAAACCAGGCAAGCCGGACCGGCCUGCGUCGAUGCGAGGGAUUUUCUCUUUGGCACAGCCCGGCUGAAUGCGGCAGGAUUGCUCCUGCAAGUCAUCCGUCUGCGGCUGAUGUCGGGUAAUGUGGCCUCGUGGCUGGGACUGAACCUGUUCUUUUGGUUCAAUAAUCUCCACGGCUCUCGUGCAGAGCUCAACCCGGAUUUCCUCAGCAACUGGCUGACCACUAGCCCGAUUGUGACUUCAAUAGUCCCAAGGAUCACAAACCUUAGUACAGUGGAUCCUGGUGCAUGGAUCAAGAAAGCCGCAUCUGCUAUCGGCAAACAGAAGAACCCGGUAGCGGACGAGGCCUGGCGAAUUGCCCUGCCCCAGGCGUUCGAACUGUCGUGCGGUGAAGACGAGUGAUCGCCGACAGCUUUCAAAGCGGGCCAGUCAGGGGCCUGGGCGACUGGUCAGGGCAGAGGCAAGGAAGCAGGUCAGCAUCACAUUUAGCUCCAUCCCAAUGCAUGCCCGAGGCGCAUCACAAAUUGAGUCUGGUGCCCUCCUUCCCCCAGCAGAUGAGCCCAGCCAGCGCGGGGGAUUAAAUGCCGACCCCUGCGUAUGGCGUAAAGACCAAACUUGGUGGAAGCCGCAGAAAGACCGUGUUUCUGCUGAAGCUAAUUGGGGGCGGCGCAUCCAUGUUAUUGUGUUAUUGUGUUAUUGUUAUUGGCUUUUUCCGUCACAGCCGCAUCAAAAAUCGACAAAGCCAUCUGCCAUCCAUUUUCCCUUGUGGGAUUCGUGGCAAGGAGGCCCCCGCCUGCAGGAUGAAGGGUCGGCUCAAAAGGCCUGCGCAGGAUGCGCGAAAACGAACGGCCGGCCCACCCAUCCCACGCGAUGCCGACGCACCCAAGACGCACGACGCAAGACAGCACGCAGACGCAAACGCAAACCGGUCGCUCAGUGGGUGGGAACGCUCUGGCAGCCUGUCUCGAGAGGACAGGCAAGGGGUUGGCUGCCGUCCAAUCAGCAGCUGGGGACCCGGCACAGUCGAGGCUCGCUUGCGAGGUCGAUAGUUGCGCGUGCUCUAGGUUAGUCCGGAGUACGGGCACGGCAAAGCCAGGGGCAGGACGCCGACGGUUGGUUGGCAGUCGAGCGUGAUCACGAAAGACGAUGGGGUCACGGGCCGGGGGAGGAGUUGUCGAGCACGGAAGAUGGCUGGGGGAGAGAGGGAUGGGCGGUGGCGUGCAGGGAGGUUCCUUACAGCUUGUUGGCAGAUUGGGGUUAGCGCAGGCGGCAGCAGGGCUCAUCGGGCCUGUGAGUGGCCAGUCUGGUCAAUCACCUCUCA